ACACAUAAGACAAGCUAUGCACUUCAGCUAAACAUUGGAAUUCCCUCUCAGCUCUUCAACUUUGUCCUCCUCUGUAUUAGCCCAUGUCCCUUCUCUCCCUCUGUGUGUGUGUUUUAUCCUAUGUACAAGCCACAGAGCAACAGAACAGCGUUGAAGUUGAAGAAGGAAAUGAAAAUCUUAGGCGCAUUGUUCACCAUUUCACUGCUUUUAGUCCAGCAAUCAAUUUCUUGUGCUUUGAGACAACAGAUUCUAACUGACUUUGAAGCAAAGCUUCAAAAACUAGCAGUUGCCUCUAAUCCCACCAAGACCAAACCCCCCUUCCAAUUUCCAACCUCAAAGAAGGAUGGGAGAGUAUUUUAUCCAAUUGGGUAUGGAGCAGACCCAACAGGUGCCGAAGAGAGCAGCGAUGCUAUAUUGAAAGCUUUGGCUGAUGCAUUGAAAGUGCAGAAUGGGAGUGAACUGCUGCCUGGAAUCAAUGACUUGGGUGGAGUUGUGAUUGAUUUUCAAGGUGGAAACUAUAAGAUCAGCAAACCCAUCAGAUUUCCUGCCGUUGCUUCUGGCAAUCUUGUGAUGAAAGGAGGGACUCUGAGAGCAUCAAUUACAUUUCCUGGCGAUCGGCACCUUGUUGAAUUAUGGCCACCAAAUUCUGAGCUACUUAAGGAAAUGGAUUCCAACAAUUUUCUUCAUCUCACCGACGUCAAUCAACAAGACAAUGUUGGCAUCUACUAUGAAGACAUAACUUUCCGAGACAUCCUCUUCGAUUCGAGUUUCCGGGGAGGAGGAAUCCUCAUUAUCGAUUCAGCUCGUAUCCGGAUAGAUAAUUGCUUCUUUCUCCACUUUACAACACAAGGAAUACUAGUUGAAAAAGGCCAUGAGACCUUCAUAUCAAGCACCUUUCUGGGACAACAUUCCUCGGUCGGCGGAGACAAAGGCGAAAAAGAUUACUCAGGAACUGCAAUUGAUAUUGCAGGUAAUGAUAAUUCAAUCAACAAUGCUGUAAUUUUCUCAGCAGCCAUUGGAAUUUUGUUGAGGGGUCAAGCCAAUUUGGUCACAGGAGUACAUUGUUAUAACAAGGCAACAGGUUUUGGUGGUAUAGGAAUUCUAGUGAAAAUUGGCGCUUCAUUGACUAGAUUAGACAAUUGCUACUUGGAUUUCACAGCUAUAGUGUUGGAAGAUCCAUCUCAAGUUCAUGUUACUAAUGGAUUAUUUUUCGGAGAUGCCAAUGUAGUGUUGAAAUCCAUCAAGGGUCAAGUCUCUGGGUUGACUAUUGUGAAUAACAUGUUCAAUGGAGAUCCUAAAUUUAUGAAUCCUGUGGUGAAAUUAGAUGGAGAUUUCACUAGCAUUUAUCAAGUUGUGAUCCAUAAGAACAAUGUUCAUGGCAUGAGAUUGAAAUCAACUGAAGGGAAGUUAACGGUGACCGGAAACGGAACGAAAUGGGUUGCUGAUUUUUCAUCGGUGUUGGUGUUUCCCAACCAGAUUAGUCAUUUUCAGUACUCAUUUUAUGUAGUAGAGGUGCCAGCUGCAGGACUUGUGACACAUGCAGUGACCAAUGUAUCAAAUAAUGUAGUAGUUGUGGAAAGCAGCACAGCUGUUAAUGGGAUUAUCUCUGUAGCUGUUGAUCAGUAUAUAUAUAAUAAGUAAUCUAAUUAAAGCUU